AUGGAGAUCUUCGGCCCCGUCACGGCCGGACAGGUGUCAUUUUUGCUAGGUCUGUUCCCUGUCCUCAUCGCGUGGAUCUACUCUGAAAUCCUCGAAUACAAGAAAUCUUUGUCGCAUGGGAAAGUUCAUUCAGACGCUAAUUUGGAUAAUGGAACCAUCAAGGAGGAUGACAAGUCAGUAUUACUUGAAGGAGGACAGUUGAAAUCACCAUCUACAAAGUUCAGGAAUUUGUCUACCAAAGCAAAUUUGUUACGGUUUAUAACUAUGGACGAGUCUUUUCUGCUUGAAAACCGUGCUGUACUGAGAGCCAUGGCUGAAUUUGGCGUUGUCCUGGUUUAUUUUUACAUUUGUGACCGGACAAACAUAUUUCCAGAAAGCAAGAAGAGCUACAACCGUGAUCUGUUUCUGUUUCUGUACAUUCUUCUCAUCAUAGCAUCAGCGCUUACUUCACUUAAGAAGCAUCAUGAAAAAUCAGCAUUUUCAGGAAAGUCCAUACUCUAUCUUAAUCGCCACCAGACUGAGGAAUGGAAAGGGUGGAUGCAGGUCUUAUUUCUGAUGUACCAUUAUUUUGCUGCUUCGGAGAUAUACAAUGCAAUCCGUGUGUUCAUUGCUUGCUAUGUCUGGAUGACUGGAUUUGGGAAUUUCUCAUAUUACUAUAUCAAGAAAGAUUUUAGCAUUGCAAGAUUUGCUCAGAUGAUGUGGAGGCUGAAUUUCUUUGUGUCAUUCUGUUGCAUUGUCCUUGACAAUGAUCUCAUGCUUUAUUAUAUCUGCCCAAUGCACACACUAUUUACUCUUAUGGUAUAUGGAUCACUUGGUCUGUUUAACAAAUACAAUGAGAUACCAUCAAUCAUGGCUAUUAAGAUUGCUUGCUGCUUCCUGUCUGUAAUUUUGAUAUGGGAAAUUCCUGGGGUGUUUGAACUAUUGUGGGCCCCCUUUACGUUUGUACUAGGCUAUAAAGAUCCAUCGCCGGCCAAGGCACACUUACCCCUGUUACAUGAGUGGCAUUUCCGAUCUGGCCUCGAUCGAUACAUAUGGAUUGUUGGAAUGAUUUAUGCUUACUUCCAUCCUAAUGUUGAAAGAUGGAUGGAGAAGCUGGAAGAAUCUGAGACUAAAGUUAGAUUAUCAAUCAAGGGAACCAUUGUCACUCUUUCGUUGACGGCUGGCUUUCUGUGGUACGAAUAUAUAUACAAGCUAGACAAAGUUACAUACAACAAGUACCAUCCCUACACGUCAUGGAUCCCUAUAACUGUUUAUAUCUGCCUGCGUAAUUGCACUCAGCAGUUGAGGAGUGCCUCUUUGGCUCUUUUUGCAUGGCUUGGCAAGAUUACACUAGAGACUUAUAUUUCUCAGAUCCAUAUUUGGCUUAGGUCUAGCAUGCCAAAUGGACAGCCAAAAUGGCUUCUUUGUUUCAUACCAGAUUAUCCUAUGCUUAACUUCAUGCUUACUACGGCGAUCUAUCUUCUUCUAUCAUACCGUGUGUUUGAGAUCACAGGCGUGUUGAAGGCGGCCUUUAUACCCAGUAGGGAUAAUAGCCGUCUAUACCAAAAUUUCAUUGCUGGGAUCGCCAUCUCAGUGUGCUUGUAUCUCUGCUCACUUAUUCUUCUGAAGGUUCCUGUUGUAUAG